AUGAACACCCUUUUGAGGGAAGACAGAUAUAAUAAACUCAUCCGUCCUGCUUAUAACAAUACACAGCUGGUCAUCAUCCAUCUCCAGUUGUCUCUGGCUCAGCUGAUAAGUGUGAAUGAACGGGAACAAAUUAUGACAACUAAUGUGUGGCUCAAUCAGGAGUGGGUGGACUACCGGCUGACCUGGAACCCAGCAGAAUAUGAUGGCAUAAGGAAACUUCGAAUCCCAUCACAAAAGAUUUGGCUACCUGAUCUUGUCCUCUAUAAUAAUGCCGACGGUACAUACGAAGUCUCCCUGUUCACCAAUGCAAUUGUGCAAUACAAUGGCAGCAUCUAUUGGCUACCUCCUGCCAUUUACAAGAGUGCAUGCAAGAUAGAAGUCAAACAUUUUCCAUUCGACCAACAGAAUUGCACUUUGAAAUUCCGUUCAUGGACCUAUGAUUAUACAGAAAUUGACCUUGUUCUUAGUACAGACUCAGCUAGUAUGGAUGACUUUACACCAAGUGGUGAAUGGGAUAUCAUAAAACUGCCAGGAAGAAGAACAGUCAAUCCACUUGAUCCAAAAUAUGUUGAUGUAACGUAUGAUUUCAUCAUCAAAAGAAAGCCUCUAUUCUAUACUAUCAACUUGAUCAUACCUUGCAUUCUUAUUACUUCAUUGGCAAUACUCGUGUUUUAUCUUCCAUCAGACUGCGGACAGAAGAUGACCUUGUGUAUAUCAGUGUUACUGGCCUUGACUGUAUUUCUGCUCCUAAUUUCUAAGAUUGUUCCACCAACUUCUCUUGAUGUCCCGCUUAUUGGAAAGUACCUGAUGUUCACCAUGGUUCUGGUGACAUUUUCCAUUGUCACUAGUGUCUGUGUCCUUAAUGUCCACCAUAGGUCUCCUAGUACGCACACAAUGCCAAUUUGGGUAAAGAACUGUUUUCUGGAAAAACUCCCAGUGUUCCUUUUCAUGAGACGUCCAGAGAAUAACACAUGCAGUCAGAAACUUUACAGUAACCGGAGGAACACCCAACUGGAGUCAUGCAGAAACUCUGGCUACUUUGUAAAUGCUGCUACUGCAAAGGCAUAUGAUCAGAGACCUAAUGAUCAACCUUCCAAUGAGCAGCAUAGAAACCAAGAAUUCCGAUACAGGCACUCCAAAAAGUUCUCUCCGCAAGUUCAAGAUGCAAUGGAGGGUGUAAGCUUCAUAGCCGAUCAUAUGAAGAGUGAUGAUGAAGACCAAAGUAUAAUUGAAGAUUGGAAAUAUGUUGCCAUGGUUGUGGACAGACUCUUUCUAUGGAUAUUUAUCAUUGUUUGCGUUGUGGGAACAGUUGGACUUUUCAUGCAGCCACUACUACAAAACCAGACUCCAUCUGGAAGUCAUUAG